CUCGCGCCUGGAGGGAGGAGCCGGGCGCGCAGGAUCGGGCGGGCGGAGUCCGAGCCGGGAGCCCGCGCCCUGCGGCCGGCUGCCGGCGGCAAUGAAGAUCUGGAGCUCCGAGCACGUGUUUGGCCACCCAUGGGACACCGUCAUCAAAGCUGCCAUGAGGAAGUACCCGAAUCCAAUGAACCCCUGUGUCGUGGGAGUUGACGUGCUGGAGCGCAGUGUGGACAGCCGGGGCCGGCUUCACAGCCACCGCCUCCUCAGCACCGAGUGGGGGCUGCCCGGCUUCGUGAAAGCGAUUUUGGGAACGAGUAGGACUUUGACAUACAUCAAAGAACAUUCUGUUGUGGAUCCAGUAGAAAAGAAAAUGGAACUUUGUUCCACCAACAUCACACUCACAAACCUGGUGUCGGUGAACGAGAGGCUGGUGUACACUCCGCAUCCGGAGGACCCUGAAAUGACUGUGCUCACACAAGAAGCCAUCAUCACUGUGAAGGGGAUCAGCCUCGGCAGCUAUCUGGAGAGUUUGAUGGCCAACACGAUAUCAUCCAACGCAAAGAAGGGGUGGGCUGCUAUUGAGUGGAUAAUUGAAAAUUCUCAGCGUGCUGUGAGCUAACGGGGUCUGCACCUGCACCUUAUGAUGAACAGUGGGUCGCGAGGCCUUGGAGUGGGUGAUCGGCCGACUUAACACGGAGUUGGAGGGCCUGGCAGCCCCCGCCUGCACCAGAGCGUGAAGCCGCCCCCCCACCCCCCGCAGCGUCCGGACCCGGAGUCGCAGGUCCAGCGAAGGUGGCAGGCGAUCACCCCCCACCCUCCGCCGGCCCCCUGCAGGGGACUGCGCGCGCUCGCCCACGCUUGUCUGUCGGAGGGAGCAUUCGUGAUUAGUGCAUGCCUAGAGACAUUUAGGAAAGGGACUCUGGGGGAGGAAGUGAAUUUGCCACAUCUUGGCCUAUAGCUUACCUUCACCGUUAUCUUUACUUUUUUUUUUAAUGGAAAGUUUUGUUUAAUAAACAAGUUAAAUCUCUAAUAUCCCUUCCCCAGAAGCCAAAAAUAUCAGAGUGUAAAAGGGAAUAGCUUUCUCCCAGCGUUCACAUAGAAGUUUCUCGUGGGUUUUGAUCCUGAGUUUUCUGUGAUCACAACCCCAGGAGAUUCCGGGAGGCCCGCCCCCCACCGCGCCAGCUGGGGGCCUCUGCGCUGUGCUCGGUGCUGACGGGCCCCUGCUGACGUUUGGUGACAUUCCACAAAUGGAACAGUGUUCUGCAUGCAUGCUGACUUUCCAGAUUUUAUCUUCCACUGACCACAGAACUUAGAUUUAACUUAGGAUAUGGGUUUUUAAUUUUAUGCAUAAAGCAAAUAACAUAAAGCAUCCCUAUUUCAUUUUAGUUUCUGAACAUGAAAUAGGAUACCUUUUUCCUUAUGUUUUAACUAAACCAACCAGUUUAGUUUUUAGAAGAGAAAGGACUAUCAGGAGAAACUAGUUAUUUUGAUAAUGUCAUAUUACUUGCUUUAUUUUCUUGCCCAAAGUAUAGAAAUAAAUCCAGAAUCCUGCUGCCUUUCCUUCGUUUCCAGUGUUGCAUCCUUGUUAUUGUGGCCCUUGAGUUUGGUAGGAAUAAAAGUUAAAUACAUUAGUUACUGUGACCACUCUUCAGCUACACCAGAAGUUACUGGGAUGCUGCUUCCUCUGGGAAGUUGGGCUUUCUAAAGCGGUGUGAGCACAACAGGCCAUCCUAUGGUCUUUGCGUGGUACCCACCUUCUGGUUAAGUAGCUGCUUCCAGAAGGUUCUUCUAGAAGCAGAGCCAGGUGCUCUCUGGAAACAAAGUUUGUUUCCCUUUUUUGUAGGAAAAGUGGUUGUACUACAUAUUCUUUGAAGACUGUUCCACCCAUUUGGUGUUAGAUCCAACUAUUAAAACUGUAUCUGAUUUGAGCCUGUGGUUUUUUUGGCUUCUAAAGAGUAGAUGACUCUGCCUCCAGCAUUUCUGCCCUCACAUUAAGGAAGGGUUAGGCAUACUUUGAUAUAGGAGUUAAUUGCCGGGUGUCUCUGUUGUGAACUUCAUCUUUUUCCCCUGAAGAGUCUUCCCUAGCAGAUCUCUCCUUAUGGCUGAGCCUUAGUGAAGCCCGAUAUAUUCAGAACAGGUGCUCAUAGGUUCUGUUACAGUUCAGGAUCCAAAGAAGCAGCGGGGUGAUUUAUUUGGGUGACUUGGCAGCUGGGGAGGGUACCCUUUACAUGCCAGCUGUCAGAUUAUAGCUAUGCGGGGGUACAUCUGGACCAGUGUGUGACCACCGAGCUUCAGUUUCCUCAUCAGAAAAUGCAGACACUGAUACUACCUCAGAGGAUGGAAACAGGGAGCGGAUGGGCAGCACCUCAGUGCAGCCUGGUGGCACGUUGGCCCACGGUGCUGCUAACUGCCGGUGCUGGCCCACCCGUUGGGCCGCAGAGUCCCAUGGGGGGCACCACUGUGCGCGGCUGGAAUUGGGAACACUGGGCUUCAUUGAUGGAACAUACUUUUUUUGUCAUGCAUGUAUUUUCACUUUUAUAAUCACUGUUAAGAGUUAACUGUCAGUGGUAAAAGAGGCAAGUGGGAGGACAUUCAUGAGUCCUAACUUGGGACUGAUUUGGAUUUCUGGCCUUGACCGCUCAUCAUGCUAUAUGCUUGUCUUCCACUAUUACAAGACAGCUUGCUUAGGGCAGGGCUUGGCAGACUAUAGCCUAUGAGCUAAGGACGGUUUUUGCAUUUUUAAAGGGUUGUAAGUAACCCCCCGCCCCCGCAACACACACACACAGAAGAGGAUGCCACAGAGACCAUAUGAGGCAACCAUGCCUAUUAUUUACUCUCUGGCCCGUAAAGCUGACCCCUUUCUUGGGGAUUCCACUGCAUCUCUCAGUGAGCAUGAAUAAAACUAGGUUUGUUCCCUUUCACCCAACUGCUUUCUGUUCCCCCAGUGCUAAAUAGUGCUACUUCCAUUUUCCAAAUACAAAACCUCAGUUAUUUAAGACUUCUUCCUCCUGCUCUUUCUCUCUCUAGCCAUUUGGAAACCAAACCUUCCUUUAAAAGGUCUCAGGGCAAUUCUGUGCCUUCUCAUUUUCACUGGCGCAGUCUGCUUUAGGUGCUUAUCACCUUAUCCCCAUCAGGAGGGCUGGCCACGUCCCACGUGGUCUCCUCCCACACUGAGCAGUAUGUGACUGGUGGGAUGCUGCAGAAUAUUCCGCGAUGCUCCAUGACUUCCCAGGCCAGGCCAUAGGAGACACUGUGACUUGUACCUUGCUCGCUCGUGCAUCACCUGCUCUGGGGCAAGCCAGCUGCCAGGUCAUGAAUGAUUGGAGGACCCCGACAGGGAGAUCCAUGUGGUUAGGAGCUGUGAGAGGGAGCCUUCUUGGAAGCGGAUCUUCUAGCCCCAAGGAAGCCUGGAGCUAACGAUGGGCACAGCUGACAUCUUGACUGCAACCUCAUAGGAUGCUAGGCCAGGACCACCUGGCUAAAACUGCUCCUGAUUUUCUGGCCCAC